AUGUUCUCUCCACAGACUGUUGCCGCAUCCCAACCCGAUGACGAAGCCAACACAGACUCCGAGGCAAUCCUCGCGGCCGCCGUCGUUGCCAUGGCAACCAGCGGAGCACUUAUGAAAGACGCUCAGUGGGCCCUACACAACGCCGAAGCGGAGAACAAACAAGAGCGCCUGCAGGAUGCGGCACGCACUGUGCAGAUGGCACUGAAGGAGAUCAUGAACCAACUACCAGGACAGAAGGGACUCAACGAGGCUCUCCGGUCUGUGCGGGAGGCCCAUGCCCGUCUCAGCGACGGACGCCUCCUCCACUCCCACUCUGCGGAACAACUCGCCAGCAACGGCAGCAGAGACCAUGACGCACUCCGCACUCAACUGGGCAAAGCAUGUGCGGCACUCACAGCAGCCACAAGCACACUGUGCAACGCACGCAGCUCACCUAAGCAACUGGCGGACACCAGUGCUGUCUAUGCCAAGGCGGUCGAUGGGCUGGUACUUGCCGGAGAGGCCCUUUCCCUAGGCAACAGCGAUCUCACAGACGCUCAACGCGCCGAGUUGGUCACUCUGAUGGUCAGUGUGACAGCCUCGUGUGCUGACAUGCUCAUGGCCGCCAAACAGGUGUCAGGCGCACCACAGGACACCAACGGACGAGGGUCACUCCUGACAGCGUCACGAGAGGUCCAGGAUGCACUCAGUAACUUGCUGUCGUGCACGUCGUCUACUAGUCCGGGUGUUGCCGACGCGUCUGCCGCCUCUAACAAGGCCAGGGAACUUGUCCACACCCUUGCCCAGGAUGGUACCAAGGGUCUCGAGCCCACUCUCGUCAACAUGACGUACUUCGACUGUCUUGCCAUUGCAGGCGACAAAGCCCGUGCUAUCGCGCGUGCAGCUGAGAACACUAACACGUGUGCACUGCAGGCUGAUGCACUGACCAUGGGCACUGAGGCUAAGGCCAUAGCCAUGGACACGGUGGAUCUGAUUGAGGCCGCUCAUCAUGCAGCCUACCUCGUGGCUGUGUCCGACAGUGCGAGUAAGCCGGCAGAGAGCGGGUGCAUUGACGCCAGCCAGAUCAGUGCGUCGCAUCAGCAGAUACGCGAGAGCUGUGCCAAGCUGCAGAGUAUCGACAGCGACCAACAGGGCAUUCUCGAGGCUGUGACGGUUAUUGCAAAGCACACGAGCUCUCUGUGUGCUGCAUGCAAAGUGGCCUCAGCCAAGACACACAACCCCAUUGCCAAGCAGAACUUCAUCUCACUAGCCAGGGGUAUUGCCAGCACCACCGGGGCACUGGUAAAGGACAUCAAGGCGCUUGCGGCUGAGUCGUCUGAUGAGAACCGAGCGAAGGUGGGCGAAGGUAUCAAGCCAUUGCUGCACUCAGUGGAGCAGUUGGAGACACUCUCUGCCUCGCCCGAGUUUGCGACAAUCCCUGCGAUUAUUGCACCCGAGGCUCGGGCUAAGCAAGAGCCAAUCCUCAGCAGCAGCAUGGAGUGUGCACAGUCUUCAGACUAUCUGCUAGACAGCGUAUGCAUGAUGGUAGAAGGCGAUCUACGCAACGAGACGAACACUAAGACACUGUCUGCGCAAACAAAAGGACUCAAUGACGCCCUUAAACACCUUCUGGCGGCCUUAAACGACAAUGCACCUGGACGCAAACAGUGCGACGAUGCCAUUGAGACACUCAAACAGGUCAACAACGACAUCGACCAGGCAUUGCUAGCUUGUUCUCUCGGCAGUCUCAAGACCAGACAGGACAACGAUCUACAAGGUUUCAACGAAGGCAUGCUCACAACAUGUCAGGACAUCACGUCCAGUAUGGAUGCUGUGCUUAGUGCGUGCAAGGGAGAGCCUCAGAAGUUGGGUGCCAAUGUCUCCGAGUUUGCUGAGUUAUUCCUACCGUUAGUAUCCAAUGCCGCGGGUGCUGCGAGUAAGCUGGCGAAGCGUAACAAACAGCAGAGCCUCUUGGAACAGAGCAAAGUAGUUGCGCAGAGUUCCCUCGCACUGACUAUUGCCGCCCGGGCCGCCGGAGGUGAUCGACGAGAUACCAAAGCCCACGCCACAGUUGACAACGCAGCAGUGCAAUUUCAAUUAGACAUCUCCGCAUUCUGUCGUAAAUUGGAGGCCGAUACUGGUGAAGCGGGUGCCAUGAGUGCUAUAGUGGCCAGCCUACAACGCUCUAUUCAAGCACUCGGCUUGCCCGCAGAAGGCGCAGAUGGCACUGACGACGACGAUGAGAGCGCGUCUGCCAUUGUAGUUAACUUGCAGCAGAACACCAAGCAGAUUGCCAGCAGUCUACCUACCGUGCUCUCUGCUAACCCUGCGGAGCUCAAGGAUCCCAUGCGCACACUCGCGGCACAGUACAACGAACUCUCGACACUCACCAAACAACUGGCUGAGAAGACCGGCUCAGGCGAGAAUGACGAUGCUGAUGUCCUGAAGUCCAGUGUGACGCAAUUAGGACAGUCUCUGGUGGGUCUAGCUAACAGUGGAAAGAACUUACAGGCCAAUCCGUCGGACUUUGAGGCGCGCCAGCAACUCGCGCGGUCAACUGCAGGCGUUAGCGAUAGCGUAGGAAACGUUUUUGGAGCCCUGCAAGCCAGCUCACGAGGGUUCAUUGCCUGUGAAACCUCUUCGCGUACCAUUGACGGUGUAGUGGCUGAGUUGGGUACAACCGCUAUGUUCGCACGCGCAGGCGCACUCAACGCAGACAACGCCGACGAUUCAUUUGCCGCACACAGUGAAGGUAUUGCUGCUGCUAACGAACGCCUGUCCGAAGCUGCCAAGCACAUGGCCGUCUCAGCAGAAGGGUCGCAGGGGCAGCUGGGUGAUGCUGCGAAGGAGUGUGUGGUAUCGUAUCAGGCCGUGGCACAAGAGUCGAAGCUGGCAGCCAUGGCCAUUGGAUCACAGGAUCGAGGCGCUCAGGAGUUGCUGGUCAACGGCGCGGGUGAUCUAGGCCGUGCCAUGCAGAAGCUCAUUAGCGCUACUGUGGCGGCGGUAGGUAAAACGUCCGACAACGAUGCCACACAGACACUCACGGAUGAGACCAAGGAACUGGAAGCGGCUAUGAACGCGUACAAGGACACCAUCAAGAGUGUUGAUGAUGAGGCUAUGCGGGGUGUUCGCUCGACCGAAAGUGCCGCUGAGGCUAUUCGCAACGAGCUGGCCAUCUUAGAUAUGGGUGCAUAUGCUAAUGUUUUACCUAAGUUUAUCUCUGGUUAG